UCGCUGAUCACCCCAGUGGCCUGACGGAACUAAAUUUCGUACACAAGAUCUCUUCAAAUUCUCUUGAUAACCAGAAAGCAAACCAGAGAUGGCAGAGUCUCGGAAUGGCAUGGCUCCUAGAACCAACCCCAAGAAGGCUGAUGAGUUGCCACUACCCCCUCCUCCUCCUCCUCCCCCUCAAGAGGCUACUCCAGCCCCGAUUCCUGGACCUCAGGAUUCAAACCCAGUGCCUCUCCCUCCACCAAAGGAAUCCUUCUCCAAGUUCUAUCAACAGCGCCAGGUGAAUGAACUGAAGCGGCUUUACCGUCACAUGCAUCCCGAACUCCGGAAAAAUUUGGAAGAGGCUGUAACAGAGGAUCUGGCGGAGGUGCUCAGCGCAGAGGACCCCGGUGCGCAGGCUUCAGGGAAUCAAGACACAGUGGUUCCCGGGGAGGUUCAGUCCAUGCGCUGGAUCUUUGAGAACUGGAACCUAGACUCCAUUGGAGAACGGCAGGCCACCAAGAAGCUGACCGAGGAGGAAGCCAUCCCAAGUGGAGAUGUGAAGACCAGGUCCAUGAGGUUUGAAGGCCAGCUGCCCAAUGGAGAGAAGGCACACACUCCAGUGACCGCAUCCAAGACAGAACAAGCCAAAGGGGACGUACACACCGCUCGCUGGCUGUUCGAAACCCAGCCACUAGAUUCUUUGAACAAAAUUUACUUGGAUGAGACCGAUUUGCAAGAAGCGGUCCUCAAAGAGCCGGUCCAGAAAGGAGAUGUGAAAGGAGCCGCUCAACUUUUUGAAACUUACUCUUUAGAUGCCUUGGGCCGCUGUAGUUCAGUGGAAGAGCAGAGCAUCCUUCAACUGAAGUCGGAAAUCCAGGAGCUCAAGGGUGAUGUCAAGAAAACCAUCAAACUCUUCCAAACGGAACCCCUCUGCGCCAUCCGGGACAAAAACGGGAACAUGCAUGAGAUCAAAUCUGUGUGCAGAGAAGAAAUACAGAGCAAUGCCGUGAAGACAGCUCGCUGGCUUUUUGAGACCCAACCCUUGGACACCAUCAACAAGGACCCGUCCAAAGUGCAAGUCAUUCGAGGGAUAUCACUAGAGGAGGUGGCGAAAGGCAAUGUCAGUGGAGCGAAAUGGCUAUUUGAGACUCAGCCUCUAGACGCCAUCCGAGAACUGACUGUAGAAGAAGCAGACUUCAAGGCUUCUCCCGAUCUUAUCCAAGGGGCGGAUGUUAGCAAGCAAUGCCAGCUCUUUGAGACACACCCUCUCGACAGUCUGAAAGGGGAAGCUUCUGCCGACGUCCCGGUCAAAGAAGAAGUUAUCAAAGGAGACGUGAGAUCCACUCUCUGGUUGUUCGAAACUCAACCCAUGGAAACGCUGAAGGAUAAUUUUGAAGUUGGCCAUUUGAAGAAGGUAGAACUGGCCGAGGAUGAGAAAGGAGCUGUGAAGCAAACUAAAUAUGUCUUUGAAACCUGCCCACUGGACAGCAUUGCCAAAUCCCCUUCUGAAGAUGUAUUGGCCGUUAACAGACAAGAGGUGGAAAAAGGGGAUGUGAAGGCCUUCAAGAGUCUCUUUGAGACGAUCCCGUUAGACAGCAUUAGACAGGUGAGCACCGAAGAGGCAAUCAAAGAAGUGCAAGAAAUUCUACAUGGGAAUGUCAAAGCCAACCAGUUCCUCUUUGAGACAACGCCGUUGUACGCCAUCAAAGACAGCUUUGGAAAUUUCCACAGAGUCACUUCGGUGAGCCGAGAAGAGGAAGUGAUGGGUGGAGAUGUCAAGAAUUACAAAUGGAUGUUUGAAACCAAACCUCUGGACCAAUUUGACGAGAGCAUUCAAAAAGUGGAUGUCAUAAAGGGAAUCACCAAGCAGGAGGUGGUGGCUGGAGAUGUUAAGACAGCCAAGUGGCUUUUUGAAACUCAGCCGAUAGAUGUCAUCCACAGUCAGAUAAACCCAACCGAACAGAAUGACUUUGAGAAAGGAGGUGUUUCCCUUGGGGGUGAUGUGAAGACCUGCCGGUGGUUGUUCGAGACACAGCCGAUGGACGCUUUGUAUGAGAAAGAUGGGAAGAAGCAGGAGAAGGAAGAGCCUGUGCCACACAGCGAUGUGAAGACCUGUACCUGGAUGUUUGAGACACAGCCUCUGGAUUCCUUAAAAGGCCAAGAGGAGCAACAUCUGCAGGUCACCAAAGCUUUCUGCCAGAACGAAUUGCAAGGGGUAGAUGUGAAAACAGUCAGGCACCUUUUUGAGACCGAACCCCUCGCCAAUAAUGUCAUUAGUGACCGUGAUUCAAAAAAGGUGGUCAGAUACUCCAGUCAUGUGGAGAUACAGUCUGGAGAAGUAUCAAGGGUGAAGGAGUUCUUUGAAGCCAAACCCUUGGAUUCAUCUCGUAAGCCAAGCACCGCUGUGAAAGAAACAGAUAUUCCAGCUGAUUCGAACAUUGAACAAGGAGCAGUGCACAAAUUCACCUGGCUUUUUGAGAACUGUCCCAUGGAUACCUUGAAGAGCAACGUGGAGGGUAUCCAGGAAGUGCCUCUUGAAAAAGACGUCCAGGGAGGAGACGUUGGAGGCAAAAGAUUUAUUUUUGAAACCUACUCCUUAGGUCAGAUCCAUGACAGAGAGAACGAGAUGCAAAUCAAGAAGAUCCAAGAGGAGACCAUGAACAAAGCUGAUGUCAGAUCUUGCACCAUGCAGUUUGAAACUCAGCCUCUUUAUGCCAUCCAGGACAAAGAGGGGGGAUACCACGAGGUCACAUCUGUGAAGAAGGAAGAAAUCAUGAAAGGCGAUGUGAAGGGUGCCCGGUGGCAAUUUGAGACCAAACCACUGGAUCAGAUCAAGAGAGACGAGGAGGUGUUUGUGAUCAGGGCUGUCACCCAAGAGGAUUUUAAGAAGGGUGACAUCCAAGCGGCCAGGUGGAGAUUCGAAACAGAACCUCUGGAUUCCAUUGCAGAGGAAAAGAAACCUGUGUUGAGGACCAUCGAUGAUGUCCAGAAGGGAGAUGUCCGGUCUAGUAAACAACACUUUGAGUCAGAGCCACUGAGUCAAAAGAAGUAUGUGAGAACAGUCAGUGUUAGUGAUGUUCAGCAAGGCGAUGUAAGGACAUCUACCUGGCUGUUUGAAAACCACCCCAUUGAUUCCCUGAAAGGAGAACCUGAAAGCACCUCCGGCCUUACCACUGUGCAAAGAGAGGAUAUCCAUAAAGGGGAUGUGAAGCGCUCCACUUGGUUGUUUGAGAGUCAGCCCAUGGACAGCCUGAAAGAUGCUGAGGCUUCCGCAAGCACUGAACCCCUCGAGGUGGUUCCUCCAGCCAAAGUGAAGAGCACCACGUGGUUAUUUGAAAGCACGCCUCUGGAUAAACUCAGCGCCACCCAAAAGGGCACAGAAACGGAAGUGAAAGAGAGGACCGUAACGGACACCCUGGAAGCUCUUUCUUCCUAUCAAGUGAUUCAGCACGACGGCAUCUUGAUCGAAAGCCAUGAUACCAAAAGUGUAAAGAUGGCAAAAUAUCAACUGGAUACUCAAAGAAACCCGGAAAUCCAAAAGGAAGAGGUGAUGGGGGGAAAUCUGCAAAGAAUCUUGUUGCACCUACUUCAGAGGACGAACGUGGAGGCACACGGCACGUUGGUCCAGGAGGAGGAGAGCGGGGACCUCAAAAUCAGUUCCGUGCAGCUGCUGGACCCUCGCCAAGCUGAAAAGAGCAACGAGGACUUGAAGGAUGACGUCGUGAAGGCUCUCCAGGAACUUCUUAGUCCAGAUGCUUCAGUCAAGAAAGGAAUAAUCAUGCAGGAGACGGAGAGGGGGUCAGCCAAGAUAACGAUUUACUCGCUCCUUCGUUGUGUUGCUCGAGAGAGCCGGCUGGUGAAGGGCGAUGUAAAAUCCACCAUUGGGAGCCUGCUAGCCUCUUCGCAAGAGCACCGGACAGCGUCGACCAUCAGACGGGAGGACAAUGAAAAAGGCAACGUCCAGCUGUACACCAGCUGCAUCGAGAAGGGAGAUCUUGAUUACCUAAAGAACCUCCAAAGGGAAUCGGAGAUAGAAUCUCUAGCUUCCACCCAAGCCAAAGAGGAGCCCACUAGAAUGGCGCAAGAAGCCCAGCCGCAGGAGGGAAAACGAGUGACAACAACAGCCGAUGUGGUCUUAGGGAGUAGCAAUGGGGCUAAACAUGUGAUCUUGUGCGACAGCAGAGAAGGGGCAUUAGAAAGGGAGGCAGUGCAUGCAAAGGACAAGGUAUCUACUGAAUAUUGCUUUGUGCAAUCCCAACCCUCAGCGGUAGCCAAAGAAAAUGUACUUUCUGGGCACGGCCCAUCGCCUCUCCAGUCCAUGCAAAAAACACAGAAUGGCAGCCAUCGGGUAGUGGCAGAAGAGAAGUUACUCCUGGGGGAGAGGAAGGAGAGAUCAACGGCCAGCAAAGCAGCACAUCGGAAGGAGGUUUCGGGUGAGGCUGUUCCCGGAGGCGAAAGCCAGGGGACAACCCAGCCCCAGACACGAGCCCUCGGCAGUGAUCUUCAAGCUGCAAUGCAGAGUCUCAGAGUGGCCACCGCAGAGGCUCAAACGCUCCAGCACCAGUUCCAGAGCAAGGUGCAGAAGACCUCUGGAGAGGUUCAGUUCCCCACCACCCAGUCCCAGGUGACCUCCGUGCAGGACCACAUCGAUGCCAAGGCCCAGCCAGCUGGCAGCGUCGCCUGCAUCAGAGUACAGGAGUCCUCCAGAUCUGACACCAAGGUGUCUCAGAAGAGCACGGUGUCACACACAAAGGUCAGUGCUUCUGAGGAAGGACAGGGAGGCCCGCUGCCCUCUGCAGCCGGCCAGGAGGGCCAAUUUGUGCCUGGCACAGAUCUUAGUAUUAAGGACGGCCUUUAUACCGGCAAGCCGGUGAAGCCCUAUGUAAACCCGUUCAUUGAGUCCGAUUACAAAGAGCACUCCGUUCCAGAAGAACGAGAGCAAGAUGUUAUAAUCAGAGGGGACGUAAAGACAGCUAUCCAAGCCCUGCAGAGUGCCGCCACAGAACAGAGGCAAGUAGACAAAGAGGACGUGGUCCGCGGCAACUUAGAAGCCACGCUCCAGUCCCUGGAAAAGUCUAACGUUAAUGUCUCCAAAGGAGAUUUUAAAGCGGCUAUGAUAUACAGGAAUGCAGGGCGGUCCUAUGCCAGUGGUAAACAGAAAAACGAGACUCAGUCUGUUAGUAACCAGGCAGCUGGUGUAAUGGCUUCAGGCUCACAGGCUGUUAACGAUUUUCCUCCCCCUCCUCCAGCUUCAGUGAUGGGAACCGGGUGCCCGUUGCCCUCAACCCAAAUGAGAGACGCUGAAGUUCCUGGGGGUUCUGUGCAACCAAACGUUCCUAAAACUCUCCCUCCAGCCCCAGCCAAACCAAGCAGUCAGAGGUCUUUAGAAAAGCCACAGCUUCCCCCGAAGCCCGACGUUAUUCCCCCACCAAGGAAAAAACCAGUUCUACCUCCAAAACCAGACAACCCAAUGAAGGAAGGACCCUCCCACUCCGUGAGCUCCAACGAGGGGCCCUCAGGAAAGGCAACGCCCCAGCUUCCACCUCCUAAAGCUCCAGGCAUGGCGCAGAAGGACCAGCCAAGGACUCUGCCCGUCAUGAACCAAACAAGGACAUCUAGGGGGGAUGAACUGUGGGAGCAAUCAGCAGCUAGGCUGCCUUCAACAGACGGACCUUCUCUCUCAUCUUCAGCUGCCACUCCCGUUCAGGACUUCAGCUGUGAGGGCAAGGCCACGAGGGCUCCCAUCAAGACACCGCUGCAAGCAGCAGAAGCAAAAUAUAAGGCGGGGAAAGAAGAGCAGUGCAAAGGGGAAGGAUCUGACCCCAAGGCUUCAUCGCAGGCAACGAAGAAUGGGUUAGCUGGCUGUGAUGGAGGCAACUGCCCUCCGAAGAAGGAAGUUGAAGGAGUUGUGGAAUCAUGCCAACAAGAAAACACAAAUGUCCUACCUGGUAGGCAGGACUGUUCGCUGCUUCUUGGUUGCCAAACAAGCCUGGCUAACCAGGAAAGUCAGAGGAAGCCAUAUCUCUCUGCAAAAUCCCACGCGAAUAUUCUGAGGAAAGGAGCGACCACGACACACGCUUCAUCAUCAAAGGCGGAAUGUAUCGGUGUACCUGGAGCCUUCGGCUGCAAGGAUCACCAGACAGCAAGACCGAAUAUAGAAGAGGAGAAGUCAGAAGUCACCCUCUCCACAUCUUUUCAAUCAAAGCAGUUCUUUAAAGGGCAUGAAUGUGUGAACAGCAAAGGGUUAGAAGACCCCGGCACGAAAACUGAGCAAAACGCAGAGAAGGAAAAGCCACUGGUGGUCAUGCGGGAGAAACCUUGCAGAGAAACCGAAGAUGAACGUCUCAAGAGACUGUCUGUCCACAAGGAGGAGAUCAUGAAAGGCAACGUUAAGGAAGCCAUGGAGAUAUUUGAGAACCUGAGGAAACAAGAGGCACUCCAAGAAAUUCUAACCCGAGUGAAAGAGUUUGAGGAGGAGACCUCUAAAGUGGAUGUGAAAGCACUGAGAAGUUUGUUUGAGGAUGUCCCGGAUUGGGUUGGGCAUCACAACGUUCACCAAACGAAGCAUCCUAAGUUGGAGAAGCCCGAGCAAAUGAGGGAAGUCAAGGAAGAGACGGACAGCGUUUCCUCUGUGGAGUUAGCUUUCGAAGAUCUAGAGAGAGCCAGUGCUGAAAUCGUUCAUUUAAAGGAGCAGACGCUGAGCAGGCUGAUGGACAUCGAAGAGGCCAUUCGGAAAGCCCUGUGCUCCAUUUCAAGCUUGAAAUCCGAAUCGGACCUCGCCGGGCUCUCAGGACUUCUCAAAGAGUCUCUUGGGAAUCCCCAGAGCCUCACAACGUCCGGCAACAACAUCCGCAAGAUCAGCAUCGUGUCGAGCAAAGCCAAACAAGAGAGGGGGAUCCAGAGCUCAACCUGGGAAGGUGAAACGGUGGUAGAAAAGCAAGAGAUGCCCAGAAUGGAACUAGAGAUUCCUCAUAUCAUUCAGCCCCGUGCAAGUUCUCCUUCCUCCCCUUCCUUCAUCUCCAUUCAGUCCGCGGCCCGGAAAACUGGAGAGUCGCCUCAAAUGGGAUGCUCUCCCGCAUCAACCCCUACUCAGCUGGCAACGGGAAAUGAAAAGUUUGCUCUGGACCUCUUUAGCUCCUUGCCCCAUCAAUCGAUCAGGUCCGAUGGCCGCGGCUUGGUUUUCUGCGACGGAGAGCAGCAGACGGUCCAGAUGAAGAAAGGAGUGAGUUUAAUCAAGCAACAACUUCUUGCCAGUCCCGAGCCUCUCCAGCAACACCUAAGCAGCAACGGGGAUAAAGAACAGCGAGCAUCUCAAAGUUUGGCCCAAGGAGUAGGAACGGACUAUAUGCCCAAAGCAACCCUGAGUGCAUUGAGUCCAUCAAACCCAAGGAGGCAGAAGAGCAUCCUAGAACUUCAGACAAGCCCUGAUGGAUCGAAGCUGUACGGAGCCACCAGAACGGUGACCGAGCAGUAUGAAGAAGUGGAUGAGUUUGGAAACAAGAUCAUCACCUCUUCCACCACCGUCACCAAGCAGUCAGAGACCCAGACUUCCUCCACGUGUGACAUGGUUUCGUGCCCUACCCGAUACGAGGUGACCGCUUCUCCCAUCCUCCGCAGAUACCUGAACUGCCCAGAGGACUUCCCCUCAAACGGUGGCCCCCAGGAAACAGGGGUGGUCUUUGUGACUUUUAGCAACUCCAAGCCAGCAAAGAAAUGAGCAGGUUUCUUAAGCAAGAGAUCGCUCCCUACAAACCAGGAAGUUUAGCUGGUUGAACCCGGACUGGUUUGAAAAGGACUCACUCAACUCACUUAAACCCGGCAUCUUCAAGAAUAAGCCCUGUCUGGAUUGGGAUGGUGUUAGAUAAAUUUACAGGAUGGUUUUGGGAAAACUUUUAAGCUUGUGUAACAUGUUUGGAAUGGAAGUCCUAGCGUGUGCUUGAGUGGAGGCUCUACGUUCACAUCCGUUUCUUGAAGAACGUCAUCACCGCAAUUUAGACCUGGAUUUCAGCGCAUCUCCCACAGGUGAAAGAAAAAGAGGAAAUGAGAAAUAUAUGGGGUGGUUUCAAGAGCAUUUUAAUCAUUUAAAGACUCCUCGUAAGAAUCAGCUUGCCACCAACAAGCCAAGAUCCAGCCUUCUGGGUCUA